AUGGGGAAGUCGCGGGCUGGCGGCUCCAACGCGCGUCGAGGCCCCGCAGGGUCUUCUGCUGCUUCUGGGGAGCUUCCUCAGGAAAGUCCCCAGAGGGGCCCCCCGGGGGCCCCCCCUGGGGCCCCCCUGGGGCCGCCCCCGGGGGCCCCCCCGAGGUCCCCCACUGGGGCCCCCGCAGGGGCCCCCCCCGCAGCGGGUCCCCCCACUGGGGGCCCCCCAGAGGGUCUUGAGGGGGGGGCCCCCCUCAAGUGCGAGGCCCCUUCUUUGCCCUCUCCUGGACCCUCUUUUGAGGCCCUUAGCCCUGGAGAGUCCUCAGAGGCAGCAGGGGGGGCCCCCCAGUCUGCAGCACUGUACCCUGGGGCCUCCCCCCAACCCCCUGCUUCGGGGGCCCCUUCCCUCCCCGGGGGGGCCCCCAGGGGCGCCUCCAAGCCUUCUCGGCGGGGUCCCACAGGGGCCGCUGCAGCGGGAUCGUCUCCAGCAGCAGCAGCAGCAGCUGAGGCUGCGGGGUUCCCACAGGGGGCCCCCUUGGGGGGCCCCCAAGGGGGCCCCACAGGGGUGGGCCCCACAGGGGGGGCCCCCUCCGGGGCUUUGGAGAAGUCCCCGGGGCCUCCUCCCGGGCCGUCUACAGGGGCCCCAUGGGCCCCUGUCGAGGGUGAGGGGCCCCCCGCUGGGGGCCCGUGCGGGGCCCCGGGGGCCCCCUUCCCGCAGGGGGCCCCCCGGGGCUCGGGGGCCCCUCGCUGCGGGGCGCCCGCGAAGUCCCGCCGCAGCGGGUCUUCUGGGGGCCCCUCUGGGGGCCCCCCAAAGAGUGCCGUGCGGAAGGCCUCCUUGGGUUCCUCCGUGGGUCCCGGUGCUGCCGCUGCCGCUGCUGCUGCUGCUGCUGCUGCAUGCGUGGGGGCCCCCCCUGGCUCUUGGGGCCCCCCUCCCGGACCUAUGGGCCCCCCCCCUCCCGCCUCAGCAGCCCCCCCGCCAUCCCCUGGAAGCCCUCGCCCUUUGCCCCCGCCCCUGGGGGUCCCCCCGGGGCCCCCCGGGGGCCCCCCUCCCGGGGGCCCCCGGGGGCCCCCCUGGGGCCCCCCCCCCGGGGGGCCCCCGGGGGCCCCCGGGGGGCCCCCCGGAGCCUGCAUGCAGGCGUGGGAAGUGGCUGAAGAGCUGGAACACCUGGCUGCUGUGCGGCGCGCGUUUGCUUUGUAUGAAGCGGAUUGUUUGUGUGAUGUUGCAAGAAUUGAAAAGUACCUUUUUGCACUAAGUGCUGAAGACCUGGAGCUGCUGGGGCCCCCCUCUCCCGGGGAAAGAGUAGCAGCAAUUAAGAGGGCCGUUGCUGUCAACCAGCAGUUCAUAGACUUUAUGCUGCUGGCUGCUGCGUCCGUGGGGCCCUGCACGCCCAGGGAGCACUCCGACGCGGAGCAGCAGCAGCAGCAGCAGCAGCAGCAGCAGCAGCAGCGGGGGCCGGCGCAGGGGCUGGGGAGGCAGCAGCAGGGCGCCAGGCAGCACCCCAAACAGGGAAAGGCGCAGCAGCCCACCAAGAAAAGGAGGCGCAAGAAGCAGCAGCAGCAGAGGAUGCUCGAGCAGCAGCAGCAGCAGCAGCAGCAAAGCGCCAGAGACGAACAGUGCGGCGGCUGCAGCAGCAGCAGCAGCAAAGUCGACUGCCGCCGCUUGCUGCUCGAGGCCGAACAGGAGGACCAAGAAAAACUCACACGAAAUCUAAGCAAGGUGCGCAGCACUUUGCGGCAGUUCGUGCGGGACUGGGCAGAAGAAGGCGCCGAAGAAAGAGAAGCAGCUUAUGGGCCCCUUUUGAGGGCCCUCGAGGAACACCUGCCCAUAACCCCGGGCAAAGACCCCCCGAGGGUCUUGUGUCCUGGCUCGGGUUUGGGCCGGCUGCCUUUCGAAGUUAUGAGAAAGGGCUAUGCUUGCCAAGGAAACGAGUUUUCCCACUUCAUGCUCAUAGGGUCUGACUUUUUGUUGAACUCUCGCUUGACCCCGAAGUCUUUGCCGCUGCAGCCGUACUGUCUCUCGACAUCCAACAGGAGAUCUCAAACUGACCACCUCGAUGUUGUUUGGGUCCCCGAUGUGGCCCCCAGCGAACAUGUGGGGCCUUCUGCAGACUUCUCCAUGUGCGCAGGAGAAUUCGUCGAGGUGUACGGGAGCCCCUCGACUUCUUUGCCUUCUUCUUCGAGGGUUUUUGACGGAGUUUUGACUUCUUUCUUUUUGGACACUGCGCGCAAUGUGCUGCUGUACAUCAAAACCAUUGCCCGCAUUGUGAGGCCCCAGGGCCUCUGGGCCAACGUGGGGCCCCUCCUCUACCACUACGCAGAAAUGCCCCACGAAAUGAGCGUCGAGUUCUCCGCAGAAGAAGUCCUCGCAGGCAAACCCUAA